AUGGCUUCUCUUGACAUGGACGUCGAUACCUCGCAGUUGGACAAAGCGAUACAUGAGCUUGAUGAUAUCUACGCGGAGUUAAAAAAUCUGAAAAACAGAUCAUCUUCAAUAGAUUUACCAAAACAAGGCGAUGAGGGAGUUUAUUCCUCGCCCAAGUCAACUCCAAUAAAUAAAAAAGUUAUGUUUGUGCAGGUCCCUACUAAAUUUAACCGAAAUGUCGAAGCAAGAAAUCAUUCAACUGAACGGCAGAAGUUACGAAGUUCUUCCACAAGAGACAAGGAGGAAAUAUCCUUGGAAAUGAAACGAAAUGAAACCUCACCUACGCACACCACAUUUCAACAAUACAGAAGCUCAUCCGCACGAACUGCACCCAAAUAUACUCACCAUAGUGAAGCCAACAACAAAGCAAGUGCAAGGAACUGGCCGCCUAUUAUUAUUAAUUCCAAACGAAAACUAAGUUCACCGGCCGCGACAUCGCAUGGAUAUUAUGAAGAUACAAAAAGCAGGACGCCAUUUUAUCAAAAUUACUCUAAAAGUUUGGACAAACGUGGAUAUAACAACGGAUACAUCGUAUCAGUGGACCAUGCUGCAAAAUCAAAGACUCUUGAUAGAAGAUCUAGCUCCCACCGUGAAGUGAUUCUUCCGCCUCCCCCUUAUGUUCCACAUACUUCCCCUGUAAGGUCGGACUCGGGGUCAGAUUACGAUGAGGUUGCUUCCAAUGGUGAAGAGUUGUUAGGAACUGCUGAUUAUGAUGUAAUACCCGAUCCGGUGCCAGUAACCACCAAUGAAAAACUUUCAUCUACUCAAACAUUGCCCUACGUCACUCCAAAGGAAUCACCAUCAAAGCUUUACAGCACAGUCGACAUGAAGAAAAAACGCGCUUCUGUCGUGUUCGUUGAAGAGACAGACUCACGUCGUCAAAGCAGCCGUAGCUCGUCCAGACGUAAAAGCAGCCAUUCAACACCUGAGAGGAAUCAAACAAUAUUUUCGACAGGUCAACCUCCCAGUCAAAUGAAUGAGCAAUUCAAUGAGGAUUCAGAUGUGGAAUGGGACGAUGAUGAGUGGGAUCUUGACAGUAAAGGAACAUCACGUCGAGCAAGUCGUGCAGCGGUUAUAUCAACUACUAUUGACGGUCCAGCUGAAACUUCUUUUGGUGAACCAAGAGCUUUUCCAGUAGCUGAUGUGAACAAGAAUAACAACGGGAGAUCAGAUAAAGACGGCGAAUGCAUGUGGUGUAGGAUUCUGAUGGCAAUUUUCACAUUGCUAGCAUGCCUGAUGUUUAUUUUGAUGAUCAUUGGUUAUAUUAUAAUCGGAAUAAACGUAGACAAUGAUAUCCGGGAUGCAUACGCUGCUGCAGCCAACUCAGGCACAACUUAACCAAGCUUCUUGCAUCAACAGUUAUUUCCAAUGCUACUAAUUUCAAUUCUACAAGUGGUCUUUAAAUGUUACCGAGAGCUUUGCUGACACGUCAUUAUUUUACUUGCUGCGUAAUUCACGUCACCACUGUGCAUAUAACGCGACGUAAUUGGUCUUCCCUGUAAUUCUGACACUCGUCAAAUGACAAGCAUCAUUAUAAGGCCAGCAACAACUAUACA